AUGUCAGAAAUACGAUUGACAAAGACUAAGGUGGAAGAUAUUCGCUCUUUUCAGUUGGAUAACAAUACGGUUGGUUUACCACCGAAACGUGAAGUAUCCAUCUACGGUUUAAACGAUAAUAUCAAUGAAGCAUUCUUGAGGGAUAUGUGCGAGUAA